AGACCCAGUUCUUGGCCUGAGGUCCUCCUCCUCAUCACCUCAGGGAUCUAUCCUUGCAGAAGCCCAGCACUAUAAGCUUUGGAGUAGAAAGCUAUAUCCUAUCAUCCCCAAACCAUAGUUCCAUAUGGUAGAAACUUACCCUACCAGUACCCUGUCUUGGAAGACCCCAAUGGACAAUCCCACUGUUAGCCUUUCCCUGACUUAUCAGUAACCACCUUUUUCCACCAGCUACCCUGGGACCUUAGGAGGCUAAAAUGCUGAUAGAGUAACCACUUCCUGACUCUAAGGGCAAGUUCCCACUAAGCACCUCUCACCACCUACAGUUCCUCUACUUAGGACAGCCCUCAGAUGACCGAACAUGUGUGAGCUUGUGAAAAGCUGGGCUUUGUCUACACACGUGGACUGUGAGGAGGGAGAUUGCCUCUGUUCUCUGGGCUGAAAGGGGUUGUGGACUUGUGGGGCAAGAUGACACAGCUAAUGUUUCAUAGCAAGGUUUCUUCACUGAGUGCCAGGCCCUCUGGGUACUGGUAGAAACACCCUGCCCUGCGAGUAGCUGAGCUCCAUUGGGGCUUCAGAAUGGAUAAGGCAUGUUCUCUAGAGAGCUGCUCCUCCAGGCUGGACACCCUUGGCCCCUGAUUGUUCCCCCUAAAACUUUAUUAUGAAAAAUUGUAUAUACAAUAGUAAAGCGAAAGGGCUGGUUUAGUAAAUAUCCCUAGGUCCACCAGCCUUUAUAAUUCAUAUUUUGUCAUAUCUGAUCUCGUGUCCUUUACCCAUUCACCUGCUUCACGUUUUAGACUGAGGUAUUCUUGAGUCUAUCAAAGCCUUUGAUACCCUAGAAAAAUUCAAGCCAGCCCACCAUUGCAACUCUGCAUACAGAAGCGCCCUUUCUCCACUGGUUCAAGCUCAGCCUGGAGCUCAAUAACAAAUAUGCUGUGCAUAUAUCUUGCCUAUGGCAAGCUGAGGUCUAGAAACAGAUUUCUACUACCAGCUUCAACCCAGGGUCUCUCAGCCACUGAGAGCUCACACUUACCAGUAACAUAGGUCUCAGAGAGUCAGACGUAUGAGGUUUGCCUUGUGCUGGUAAGAGAAUGGCCUCUCUGGGCAAACCUCUGACUCCUGUUCCAUACUGAUGAGAAAUCCAAGCUGCUGUCUGUUAGGAUUCACAACCUGCUGGAACCUUCCUCCCUGGCCUUCCUGGCAAAGGUUGGCCACAUCUGGCCAUUCUCUCCACCAUUCAUAACACCCCCAUGCUCUGAACAGGCUUCUUUGAAACUCCAGUAUUCCCAAUAGCCCUGGAGAAUUUCAUAGGUCCCAACCACCAACCAGGUUGACACUUUAGACCUAGUUCAGCCGUCUGUCCUUGGUACCCAGUGGUCAACACUUGAGGUAGGAGGUGAUUCAGAAAGUCAAUGGGAAGCCAAAGUUUGAGAAGAUGGAGGUGAGAACCUCACACCUGGGUACUUGAUAAUUCCAAGGACUUUGGUCUGAGAAGUCUUCUCCUUAAAGCAGGUGUGAGGCUAUGCCAAGACCACACAGCUGGCCUAGUCUCAGGCCCAAGACUUCUGCCCAAGGACAAGGAUGCCCAUAAAUAAAGCACCAGGCCAUCUCAACACCAUUCCUUAUUUGUCACAAUGCUACUGCUCAGCCUAACCCUUAGCCUGGUCCUCCUUGGCUCCUCCUGGGGCUGUGGUGUUCCUGCCAUCACACCUGCACUGAGCUACAACCAGAGGAUUGUCAACGGGGAGAAUGCAGUGCCAGGCUCCUGGCCCUGGCAGGUGUCUCUACAGGAUAACACUGGCUUCCACUUCUGCGGUGGUUCUCUCAUCAGCCCGAACUGGGUGGUCACGGCUGCCCACUGCCAAGUCACGCCUGGACGCCACUUUGUCGUUUUGGGAGAAUAUGACCGAUCUUCCAAUGCUGAACCUGUGCAGGUCCUCUCGAUCGCAAGGGCCAUCACACACCCUAACUGGAACGCCAACACCAUGAACAAUGACCUGACUCUCCUGAAGCUUGCCUCACCAGCCCGGUACACAGCACAAGUAUCACCAGUCUGCCUGGCUUCCACAAACGAGGCACUGCCUUCGGGGCUCACCUGUGUCACCACUGGCUGGGGCCGAAUCAGUGGUGUGGGCAAUGUGACACCAGCUCGCCUGCAGCAAGUUGUUCUACCCCUGGUCACUGUGAAUCAGUGUCGGCAGUACUGGGGUUCACGCAUUACUGAUGCCAUGAUAUGUGCAGGUGGCUCAGGCGCCUCCUCAUGUCAGGGUGACUCAGGAGGCCCUCUUGUCUGCCAGAAGGGAAACACCUGGGUGCUUAUUGGGAUUGUCUCCUGGGGCACUCAGAACUGCAACAUACAAGCACCGGCCAUGUACACUCGGGUUAGCAAGUUCAGUACCUGGAUCAACCAAGUCAUGGCCUACAACUAAACUGUCCACAGAUCCUUUCCCCAUCUCAAUCUAAUAAACAUCCUAGUCUCAGUUUCUCUUG